AGCGUGAUGCAGAAGUAUUUGAAGGAGAGGGGAGAGCUGACCUUCGACAAGGUCUUCAAUCAGAAGAUCGGAUUCCUCUUGUUCAGAGACUUUUGCCAGACCGACAUUGAGGAAGGCGUUCCGCAGCUGAAGUUUUAUGAAGAGAUCAAAGAGUAUGAGAAGCUGGACUCUGAGGAGGAUCGUCUCAUCAGGAGCCGCCAAAUCUACGACACCUUCAUAAUGAAGGAGCUGCUGUCCUGCUCCCACCCCUUUUCAAAACAAGCCGUCAGUCACGUGCAGACCCGCCUGGCCAAGAAGCAGGUCCCAAUCACCCUCUUCCAGCCCUACUUAGAAGAAAUCUGUGGCAGCUUGCGAGGAAGCAUUUUCCAGCUCUUUCUGGAAAGCGAUAAGUUUACAAGAUAUUGCCAGUGGAAAAAUGUAGAGCUGAACAUUCACCUGACCAUGAAUGAGUUCAGUGUCCAUCGGAUUAUUGGGAGAGGCGGCUUUGGAGAAGUCUACGGUUGCCGUAAAGCGGACACAGGGAAAAUGUACGCCAUGAAAUGCUUGGAUAAGAAGAGGAUCAAGAUGAAGCAGGGGGAGACCUUGGCCUUGAAUGAACGCAUCAUGCUCUCCCUCGUCAGCACUGGGGACUGUCCUUUCAUUGUGUGCAUGACGUACGCCUUCCACACGCCCGACAAGCUGUGCUUCAUUCUGGACUUGAUGAAUGGUGGAGACCUGCACUACCACCUCUCCCAGCACGGGGUCUUUUCGGAGAAGGAGAUGCGCUUCUACGCCACCGAGAUCAUCCUUGGGCUGGGACACAUGCACAGCCGCUCCGUGGUCUACCGAGACCUGAAGCCGGCCAACAUCCUUCUGGACGAACACGGCCACGUGAGGAUCUCCGACCUAGGCCUGGCUUGUGAUUUCUCCAAGAAGAAGCCCCAUGCCAGCGUUGGAACUCAUGGCUACAUGGCUCCGGAGGUGCUGCAGAAGGGAACGGCCUACGACAGCACGGCCGACUGGUUCUCCCUGGGCUGCAUGCUGUUCAAGCUUCUCCGAGGGCACAGCCCUUUCAGACAACACAAAACCAAAGACAAGCACGCGAUCGACCGCCUGACGCUCACUGCAAACGUGGAGCUGCCGGAUUCCUUUUCCCCUGAACUCAAGACUCUCCUGGAGGGGCUUCUCCAGCGGGACAUCACGAAGCGUCUCGGCUGCCAAGGUGGUGGUGCCCAGGAGGCCAAGGCUCACCCUUUCUUCCAAGGAAUUGAUUGGCAGCACGUUUACCUGCAAAAGUAUUCGCCCCCCCUGAUCCCCCCCAGGGGAGAAGUCAAUGCGGCGGAUGCUUUUGACAUUGGCUCCUUCGAUGAAGAGGACACAAAGGGCAUUAAGCUGCUGGACUGCGACCAAGAGCUGUACAAGAACUUUCCCCUGGUGAUUUCUGAGCGUUGGCAGCAGGAAGUGGCGGAAACGGUGUUUGAGGCGGUGAACACCGACACGGACAAGGUGGAGAUGCGGAAGCGAGCAAAGAACAAGCAGCUGGGCCACGAGGAAGAUUAUGCUCUGGGGAAGGACUGCAUCAUGCACGGCUACAUGCUGAAGCUGGGGAACCCCUUCCUGACGCAGUGGCAGAGGCGCUACUUCUACCUCUUCCCCAACCGGCUGGAGUGGCGAGGGGAAGGAGAGUCCCGGCAAAACCUGCUAACGAUGGAGCAGAUCCUCUCGGUGGAGGAGACGCAGGUCAAGGACAGGAAGUGCAUCCUGCUCCGGAUCAAAGGAGGGAAGCAGUUCGUCCUGCAAUGCGAGAGCGACCCGGAGUCCCUGCAGUGGAAGAAGGAGCUGACGGAGGCCUUCACGGAGGCCCAGAAGCUGCUGCGAAGGGCGCCCAAGUUCCUGAACAAGUCCCGUUCUGCGGGGGUGGAGCUCACCAAGCCCCCCCUGAGCCAUAGGAACAGCAACGGCCUGUGA